CGGAUUUCCUAAGAAAUUAAUAGUUAUAUUGAAAUUGAGUGCAAAUGUUAGGCAAAGCAGUGAUUGAAAAGUGUUUAUUGAUUUCAAACAAUUGACUUAUUGUUGACUACAUUGACAGUCAUAUGAUAUGUGACAACACUUUAACCAUUGAUUAUACUUUUAGUUUGUCUAUAGUUUAGUCACACAAACAACACACACAUUGACCACAAAGACAUCGACACAAUCAGUCAAUUGGUGUCCACAAAGUGUUAUGUUUGUCGUUGACUGCAUUCAUCAUACCUGCCAUUGACACACACCUAACGCCAACCAUAUUUAUGUGUCUUUGUCUAUCAAACUAUUAAUAGUUGUCGGUAUGGAAGCCAUUGCAAAGCAUGACUUCAACGCCACCGCUGAUGACGAGCUUAGCUUCAGAAGAGGCGAUAUUCUUAAGGUGUUGAAUAUGGAAGACGACACCAAUUGGUUCCGCGCAGAACUCGAUGCCAGAGAAGGACUGAUUCCCAGCAAUUAUAUCGAAAUGAAAAAACACGAUUGGUACUACGGCCGCAUCACACGUGCCGACGCCGAGAAGUUAUUACUGAACAAACACGAGGGAGCGUUCCUUAUUCGGGUUAGUGAGAGCUCACCCGGAGAUUUCUCACUAUCCGUCAAGUGUGGCGAUGGUGUCCAACAUUUCAAAGUGUUAAGAGACACUUCAGGGAAGUUCUUUUUAUGGGUCGUUAAAUUCAAUUCACUCAAUGAAUUGGUUGAAUACCAUCGGUCGGCAUCUGUUAGUCGUUCUCAAGAUAUUAAGCUCAAGGAUAUGCAACCCGAAGAAUUUUUGGUUCAAGCAAUGUAUGAUUUUCAACCCCAGGAGUCGGGAGAGCUUGAGUUCAGGCGCGGAGACAUAAUUACUGUAAUCGAUAGGUCGGACCAAAACUGGUGGGAGGGAGAGAUCGGAUCCCGAAGAGGAUAUUUUCCAGCCACUUAUGCUCUGCCAUAUCACGCAUAAAUUGAUUGUUUAAAUGAUAUAUUUAUAUAUUCAACAAAAAAUGACUAAUUGAUUAAUGAGUGGAUUAAUGUUUGCCAUUAUAUUCUCAUUUCUAUCAUUUUUAUUAUUAAUUAAUUAUUUUAUUAUUAGUAAUAAUGAGUUUAACAAAUUGAUUAUAUUUGUCGCAAAGUUGUUUAAUAUUUCAUCUCAAAGUUAUGCCUCAUCUUAUGAUAUAUAAGAUUGUGAACAGAGAGACAAUUAUAUAUUGUUUCUUAAAUCUUCCAAACUGUU